AUGACCUACCUCACAGAGUCCUUCAGAGCGUUCGGCGAGCUCUGCCCCUCACUGUGCAGGGUUUGUGCUCUGUUGCAGACAGAAGUGCUGAAGGAUGAUGUCUUCUGGGGCUGCAACCAGUGCCGCAUCCUGGAGCGGCUGCGUUUGGACGGCAGUGUCGCCUACGUCACGGGAGCAGGGCAGGGAAUUGGCAGAGCCUUUGCCCACGCCCUGGGAGAAGCUGGGGCUAAAGUGGCUGUGGUGGAUCUGGUCCUUGCCAAGGCACAAGCGGUGGCGUGUGAGCUCAGCCUCAAAGGCAUUAAAAGCCUUGCCCUGGCAGCAGAUGUAAGCAAGCCUGAGGAUGUGCAAAGGAUGGUGGAUGCAAUCGUGGCUCGCUGGGGCACAGUCCACAUCGCAUGCAACAAUGCAGGAAUCAAUCUGAACUCUGCAAGUGAAGAGACUUCCCUGGAGGAAUGGGACAAAACUUUUAAUGUUAAUUUACGAGGAUUGUUUUUGUGCUGCCAAGCUGCAGGCCGCAUUAUGCUGAAUCAAGGAUAUGGGAAGAUAAUUAACACAGCAUCUAUGGCAAGUUUAAUAGUCCCUCACCCACAGAAGCAGUUGGCGUACAACGCCUCCAAAGCCGGGGUCGUAAAAUUAACGCAGACAUUGGGAACCGAGUGGAUUGACAGAGGAGUAAAAGUCAACUGCAUUUCCCCGGGCAUCGUCGACACGCCGCUGAUCUGCUCGCAGGAGCUGCGGCCGCUGGUGCGGCGCUGGCUGAGCGACAUUCCGGCCGGGAGGCUGGCCCAGCCCACGGACCUGCAGGCUGCCGUGGUCUACCUGGCCUCCGAAGCCUCGGACUACAUGACGGGCCACAACCUGGUCAUCGAGGGUGGCCAGAGCCUGUGGUGAGAGGCGUCUGUCACCCUGAUUCUUCUUU